AUGUCAAGUGAUGAGCUGAAAACUAUGAAGGCAUCAGUUGGCCAUUUUAUUUCUGUGAACUCAUUUUUUUCUACGAGCGCUAGUGCGAAGGAAGCUCGUUCAUUUAUUCAUACUUUCUUUAUCAGAGACAAUUUAGAGCCAGUAUUAUUUGAAAUCACUGCCGAUCCGCACGUCGCCACUAACAAACCAUUCGCUGAUAUUAGUAUAUUUAGUGAAUUCAAUGGAGAAUCUGAAGUGGUUUUUAUGCUUGGUUCUAUAUUUCGUCUGGACAGCGUUCGUCGUAGCAGUGAUCAUAAACUUUGGGUUAUUCAAAUGACUUUGUGCAGUGAGGAUGCACAUGGUCUGAAAGAAGUGUUCCUUCAUAUUAAAAAGCAGUAUAGCGAAGAAGACGUAAAUCUCGGAACGUGUGCAAAAUUAUUAUGGAAACUUGGAAAAUUUAAUUUAGCUGAAUUAUAUUAUAUGAGAUUUUUGAAGAUGUUUCCGCCAAACGAUCCUUUAGUCGGUAAAAUAUAUGAAAAUCUUUGUGAAUUAGCAUCGCAAACUGGUGACUAUGGUAAAAGCAUAGAUUUACAUAAGAAAUGUAUCGAACAUGAAAAAUUAAAUCGAUUAGGCUGUAGUAUCGAUGGUCAUAAUGCAAGUCAUCAUAUUGUUUUUCCCACUAUACCAGUCAAUGCCCGAUGGGCACAACAUGGAGUGACUGUUGCUGGAGAGUUGCAAAAUGACUAUAUGACCUAUCAACUAUGUUUACCUUACAGCUUCUGCAUUGAUGACGAUUCUCAAACCAUGAUUAUUGCUGACUAUGGUAAUGAUCGGAUUGUUCAAUUGAAGAUGAAUAGUAGGAAUGGUGAAAUUCUGGCUGGUGGUGGUGGCGUUGGAACUCAGCUGGAUCAAUUAAAUCAACCAACCGAUGUAAUCAUCGAUAAAAAGACAAAUAGUCUCAUUAUGUGCGAUAGACAAAAUCGACGAUGUCUACGGUGGUCGCUUUCCAAAGGCACUGUUCGAGGAGAAAUACUCUUCGAUAACAUUCGUUGUUGGGGAUUGGCCAUAGAUGAUCAGAAUAAUGUAUACAUUUCUGACACUGAAAAGCAUGCCGUUAUACGGUAUACAAUGAAUGAUAAGAAUGGCACUAUUGUUGCUGGUGGUCAAGGUAGAGGAGCUGCUCUAAAUCAACUCAAUAAUCCUACAUACAUAUUUGUGGAUCAACAACAGAAUGUCUAUGUGUCAGAACGUGGGAACCAUCGUGUUACCAAAUGGGAAAAGGGUGCAUCACAGGGAAUUGUUGUUGCUGGAGGUCACGGGCAAGGGAAGCUGUUGACGCAAGUGUCACAACCUGAAGGAUUAUUUGUAGAUACAUCAGGUACCGUCUAUGUGGUAGAUUCAUGGAAUCAUCGAGUGACACUAUGGCCAAAAGAAGCGAAGCAGGGUACUGUGAUUGCUGGUGGGAACGGCCAAGGGAAUACAUCUAAUCAGUUGAACAGUCCUGUAGGUUUAUCUUUCGAUGAGCAUGGUAAUCUCUAUGUCGCUGAUUGUGGAAAUGAUCGAAUUCAAUGCUUUUCUUUCGAAUAG